AUGUCCACCGCCGCUCGACGUCGCUUGAUGCGUGACUUCAAGCGCAUGCAAACCGACCCUCCCGCUGGUGUCUCUGCUUCGCCAGUGCCCGACAACGUCAUGACUUGGAACGCCGUCAUCAUCGGACCCGCCGACACACCUUUCGAAGAUGGGACAUUUAGGCUCGUUAUGCAAUUCGAGGAGCAGUACCCGAACAAGCCACCCGCGGUCAAAUUCAUCAGCCAGAUGUUCCACCCGAAUGUCUACGCUACCGGAGAACUCUGCCUGGAUAUCCUGCAGAACAGGUGGAGUCCCACAUAUGACGUCGCUGCCGUCUUGACGAGCAUUCAGAGCUUGCUGAACGACCCCAACACCGGCUCUCCAGCGAACGUGGAGGCUUCAAACUUGUAUAAGGACAACCGUAAGGAGUAUACCAAGCGGGUUAGGGAGACGGUGGAGAAGAGCUGGGAGGACUAG